AAGCGUAGUUCUGCGGUGACCGGGCCCCUCCCCCUCCGGGCCCAGGCGCCGCAGUAAGGCGGACGAGCUGGCGGCUCCGGAAUACCUGCCGUUAACCGCGCACCCGGAAGGGUAACCUGGCUGGGGAGGCGUCUGGAGACGCUCCCGGGGUCGGGGUGGCCGACAACGUGAUUGAGUUCCACGCCUGUAUGGGUGAGAAGGCGGACGAGACCAAAUGCCAGCCAGGAAGAGGGAGUGGGCCAAGGGGACGGCUUGGCAGGAGUCUGUUAGCAAGUGUCUCACCAUGCUUCUGCCAAGUUUCUGAUUAAAGACUGACGUCCCUGCGUAAGCAUUUCCCUGUUAAAAUGUCCCUGCCUCUUACAGAGGAACAGAGGAAAAAAAUUGAAGAGAACCGGCAAAAGGCUCUGGCCCGGAGAGCUGAGAAACUAUUAGCAGAAAAGCAUCAGAGCGCAGGCUCUGGCUCCUCCAUUGCCACCAACUCUCCCCAGUCCAAGCAGGGCCCUCUCUCAAACUUCCCCAGGGAUCCUUCUAAGCCAGCGAACCAUGGUGUCAUUUUCAGGCAACAGAAUCUCAGCAGUUCAUCUGAUGGUGACCAAAGACCUCCUAAUUCCCAUAGUUUUCAUCUAAGCACUCCAGAGCAGGCAAAGGGGAUCUGGAAGAGGCAAGAUGUGCCCACAGCCUGCCCGAGCCACAGCCCAUCAGGUCAAAUGACUCACACUGGCAUCUCUCCUCCCUCUGCACAAAGUCCUCCAGAGGGCCCCAGCCAACAAAUGUUGGGUGGUCCAUUAGGUAAAGGUCAUCCUCUGGCUUCACAGGAGAUCAAAUCCACACCCGUUGCUAACACAACUCAGGAGCCUUUGUCCAAAGCCAAGAGUUUCCAGAAGACUCUAGCUUCUUUCUUUGGACAGCCACCCAGGGAUCCUGGAGUAGAGGCCAAGGCAGUGAGGCCCUCCACCUCGGGGCAGAACAUUUCUGACACCAACUGUGGUUCAGGGAGUGUGACACCUGGGACAGAAGGAAGGCACCCACAGAAAUUGGGGGCCUCACACCACAAAGCAGGAAGCUCCCAGGAGGGAAGGUGCAUAAGAAGCGGCGAUCGCUUCCAGGUGAAGAUCGGGUACAAUGCCGAGCUCAUCACAGUUUUUAAGCGUCUCCCCAGCAGAAGUUACGAUCCUGCCACCAAGACGUGGAACUUCAGCAUGACCGACUAUGGUGCCCUAAUGAAAGCAGCCCAGAGCCUCCCCACGGUCAACCUGCAGCCUUUGGAAGGGGCCGAGGACAACAGGAAGUCACCCUCCACUUCUGGGGUAGCCCAAACCUGCCUGCCUUUAGCUCCCUCGCUGGCCUUUGUCAAAGGGCAAUGUGUGCUCAUCUCCCGGGUUCGCUUCGAGGCAGACAUCGGCUACUCCGAAGACCUGAUCGCACUGUUUAAGCAGAUGGAGUCCAGAAAUUACGAUGUCAAGACCAGGAAGUGGAACUUUCUCUUGGAAGAGCACAACAAACUAAUCCAGAGCGUGCGCUGCCUUCCGCAAGUUCAGCUGGACCCUCUGCCCAAGACACUCACCCUGGCAUUUGCAUCGCAGCUAGAGAAGACGUCUCCCUGCCUCACAGAGCCCAUCCCUGAGGCAGACCUUUCUGGAGUGGACCCCAAGCUCGUGUCCAAUCUGCUGCCCUUCCAGAGAGCGGGAGUCAAUUUUGCCAUAGCGAAGAGAGGCCGCCUGCUGCUGGCUGAUGACAUGGGCCUGGGGAAGACCAUCCAAGCCAUCUGUAUCGCAGCCUUUUACCGGAAGGAGUGGCCGCUCCUGGUGGUGGUCCCGUCAUCUGUGCGCUUCACCUGGGAGCAGGCCUUCCUUCAGUGGCUGCCGUCUCUGAGCCCGGACUGCAUCAACGUCGUGGUGACUGGCAAGGAUCGCCUGACGGCUGGCUUGGUCAACAUUGUCAGUUUCGACCUUCUGAGCAAGUUAGAAAAACAGCUAAAAACCCCCUUUAAAGUUGUCAUCAUUGAUGAGUCUCACUUCCUCAAGAACAUUAAGACCGCCCGCUGUCGUGCAGCUAUGCCCCUCCUCAAGGUUGCGAAGAGGGUGAUUCUGCUGUCUGGCACACCAGCUAUGUCCCGGCCUGCAGAGCUCUACACCCAGAUCAUCGGGGUCAGGCCAACUUUCUUCCCUCAGUUUCACGCUUUUGGACUUCGCUACUGUGAUGCCAAGCGGCAUCCCUGGGGAUGGGAUUACUCAGGCUCCUCCAACCUCGGCGAGCUGAAGCUCUUGCUGGAGGAGGCAGUCAUGCUACGACGCCUCAAGAGCGACGUCCUUGCCCAGCUCCCGUCCAAGCAGCGCAAGAUGGUAGUCGUUGCCCCCGGUCGGAUCAGCACCAAGGCCAGGGCUGCCUUGGAUGCCGCGGCCAAGGAGAUGACCAUCACAGACAAAACUAAACGGCAGCAGAAAGAAGCCCUCCUUCUCUUCUUCAACAGAACAGCUGAAGCUAAAAUCCCAUCUGUCAUUGAAUAUAUCCUGGACCUCCUGGAAAGUGGGAGAGAGAAGUUUCUAGUGUUCGCACACCACAGAAUAGUCCUGAGUGCAAUUACAACAGAGCUUGAGAGAAAGCACGUGCCGCACAUCCGCAUUGACGGCUCGACUUCCUCCGCUGACCGCGAGGACCUGUGCCAGCAGUUCCAGCUGUUCGAGAAGCACGCCGUGGCCGUGCUGUCCAUCACCGCAGCCAACAUGGGCCUCACCUUCACCUCAGCUGACCUGGUGGUGUUUGCGGAGCUGUUCUGGAAUCCAGGGGUACUGCUCCAGGCAGAGGACCGGGUACACCGAAUCGGACAGUCGAGCUCCGUGAGCAUCCACUACCUCGUGGCAAGAGGCACAGCUGACGACUACCUCUGGCCCCUAAUUCAAGAGAAGAUUAAAGUUCUGGGUGAGGCCGGACUUUCUGAGACCAAUUUUUCAGAAACGACAGAAGCUACUAAUUACUUCUACAAGGACCCAAAGCAGCAGACGAUCUAUGACCUCUUCCAGCAGUCCUUUGAGGAAGAUGGAAGUGACUUGGAGCUCCUGGAGGCGGCGGAAUCCUUUGACCCUGGAAGUGCGUCUGGUGCACCUGGAAGUGAUUCUCAGGACCCGGGAGGCACACUGGAUGAAAUCACGUUGACGGGCAGCCCUGUGAAGAAAAGGAGAUUUGAAUUUUUUGAUAACUUUGACAGCUUUACCUUUCCCCUAUAGGCGGGGCAAAAAAAAAAAAAAAAAAAAAAAGAGGCAUUUAAAAAUCAUGGAAAUAAGACCAGGUGUUUUGUUUUUAAAGCUUGCACUCCCUUUGACGUUACAGCAGUGCUGGCGUCUGUCUGAGCCCCGCGAGUUACCAGGCCUUCCCUUUCUGAUAAGGAAAGGAAAUGGGCAUUUCCUUUCUGGCCUUUCUGUACGGGACUGCUGGGGUCUUAAUCUUAGCUUCUCUGGCUGAGAAACAGAGACAGCCAUUGCAGUAGUGGAAUUCGUGUUCUUGAAGUAACGUGGGGCUUCCUGUGAAACCCCUGAAAUCUGGAUUUUUUAAAAAUAUACUGUUUGGACAAAUAUUUGUAGAGCACCUGAUACGUGCCAGGCAGCGUUCUAGGUGCUGGCAGUAAUUCCCCAAAAGAGAGCAAGCUCCUACCUUUGCAGAAGUUAUAUCGCAGGAGAGGUAAUAGUUACACAUCCUUCAAAGAAAAGUAAAGUGAAGGAGGUAAGGGUUUGGAGCAGGAGGUGAAAUGUUUUUCUGUCAGUCAACAGACAGUAGAUGUAUUUGGCUUCAUGAGCGAGGUUGUCUCUGUUGGAAUGACAACUCUGCUGCUGUAGGGCAGAAACAACCAUAGGUAAUACAGAAACAAAUGAUUAUGGCUCUUUUCCAAUAAAACUCUGUAAUGGACACUGAAAUUCGAAUU